GCGAUGCUGAAAUUCUCUCUCGCCGUCCUCAUCGUAACAAGCGCCUCCGUUUCACCGCAGGAGAACGAUGGCGUUCUUGACAAGAUAAAAGCUGGUUUGGAGUACGCUACGAAUUACUUGGAGACUGCUAAAGAUAUUGCGAAUCUGGUAGCGAAAAGCUUGGGCAAGAAACGACCGGAGAAAGACGGCCACGUGAAUCCGGAGGAAAAAGGGAAUUUCGGUCCGCCUAAUAUAAUGUCAGCGUUCUUCCGCCUGUUCGGCUUGGAUUCGCAGAAAGUAACAGCGAUCGCAGUGAACAGCGUUAUAUUCCUCGCGCAAAUGAUAAGCUCGUUGUUCGACUUGAAGACUAAAGGGAAUCCUGGCAGGAGUUUAGAAGACGAUACAUCGUCUUGGGAUCCCGCUAAACUUAUCACCGAGAGCAAAAACGAGAAGAUACAGAGAUUGAUCUCGCAGGCUCACGACGAGAAUCUCCCGCGACAGUUGAUCGAAAAGGUGGACGGGGCCGAUUCCGCUUGCGUCAGGCUGCUGAUCUGCAAAACGUCGCCGGUGAUAAGAGCUGCGCAGAAUUUCCUGAAGAAUAAAACCCAGAAGUUGCGGCGUAUCACCUCGUGGCUGCCCAGCAGGGACGAGUUCGAGGAAAACAGCGACGAAUGCGAAAAUAUGCACACCGAUUGCAGUGUUCUUGACAAGAUAAAAGCUGGUUUGGAGUAUGCUACGAAUUACUUGGAGACGGCCAAAGAUAUCGCGAAUCUGGUAGCGAAAAGCUUGGGCAAGAAACGACCGGAGAAAGACGGCCACGUGAAUCCGGAGGAAAAAGGGAAUUUCGGUCCGCCUAAUAUAAUGUCAGCGUUCUUCCGCCUGUUCGGCUUGGAUUCGCAGAAAGUAACAGCGAUCGCAGUGAACAGCGUUAUAUUCCUCGCGCAAAUGAUAAGCUCGUUGUUCGACUUGAAGACUAAAGGGAAUCCUGGCAGGAGUUUAGAAGACGAUACAUCGUCUUGGGAUCCCGCUAAACUUAUCACCGAGAGCAAAAACGAGAAGAUACAGAGAUUGAUCUCGCAGGCUCACGACGAGAAUCUCCCGCGACAGUUGAUCGAAAAGGUGGACGGGGCCGAUUCCGCUUGCGUCAGGCUGCUGAUCUGCAAAACGUCGCCGGUGAUAAGAGCUGCGCAGAAUUUCCUGAAGAAUAAAACCCAGAAGUUGCGGCGUAUCACCUCGUGGCUGCCCAGCAGGGACGAGUUCGAGGAAAACAGCGACGAAUGCGAAAAUAUGCACACCGAUUGCAGUUUAUUUACCUAG